AUGGGAAGGCCCUGUCCCACUGGCUCAGCUCUGGAGAUGUUAAGAAGUUUGUCAUUUACUCUGAGCAAGAUGGAACUCUACCAAAGGAUCCUAGUAGGCAAGUGUCACGAUACAGAUGCAAACAAAAGCGGCUUCCAGACUGCCCAGGAACAGCCACAGCCGCAGCCUGAUGAACCCGACCGCCCCGCUCCUGGCUCAGCUGCCGACCAAGAAGAGAAAGUAAGAUUAUCUCCAACCAAAAUGUCAACCAAGAGCUCUACAGAUCUAGUUGAAUAUGUUGACAAGGGGCGUGCUUUUCUUCCCAUCAUUGCAAACGCCCAGAGCAGCCAGCUGGAAGACAGGUUGAGCAGCCAGGAGCGCACCAUCGCUUUCCUCCUCGAGCAAGCCUUCCGCAUCAAAGAGGACAUCUCUGCCUGUCUGCAGGGCACCCAUGGCUUCCAAAAAGAGGAAUCGCUUGCCAGGAAGUUGCUGGAAAGCCACAUCCAGACCAUCACCAGCAUCGUCAAAAAACUCAGCCAGAACAUUGAGAUUUUAGAAGACCAAAUACGAAUUCGAGAUCAGGCAACCACUGGAGCCAGUUUUGCGGUACACGAUCUAAGUGUGAAACACAUACAAGGAGUUGGAGAUCUUCGAGGAAGAGUAGCCAGAUGUGAUUCAAGCAUCAUGAAGCUCUCCAGUGACAUUCACUUCAUCAGGAAUGAGUUCCGGCAAACGGAGAAAGCGAUUCAAGACCUCGUGUCUGCCCUAGAAACUCUUUCUAAGAACCUGGACAUGAAGGUAAUGCAGCUCUUGGGGAAGAUAGAGACCGCCAGUUCUGAGCAAAUCGCACACGUAAAGAUGGUCCAGGGAGAUUUCCGUCAUGAAAUGGAUCUUGUGGAAUUCAAAUUUAAUUCACUUUCAAGUAAUCUGUAUGAAGAAAUUUCAAACAACCAAAAGUGGACCGAAAACCAGUUCCUCAAAUACAGAAAAGACCACCUGUGCUAUAUAAAUGACUACCUGAAGGUUCUCCAGGAGAAACAGGAAAAAUCUGAAAAUAAAAUGGAAGAAAAAUUGCUGCAGCUUUCAAGCAAACUAGAGAAUGUCAUCAACACACAGAAACAGGAAGCAGAGCUCAACAAAGCCAAGCACAUAGAAAAUAAGUUGUCCAAAAAGAUGACCCACAUGGAGAAGCAGAUCUGGGAGGAAUUAGAGAAGAUGCAGACCGAGUACCAAUCAGGAUUUAAAUCGAUCCACGACUCCCUCACCUCCCUGCAACAAAUACAGAAGACAAAGAUGGAUUUAGAGAAAUAUAAAGUACAGAAAGACCUGAAGAAAUUACAGCGUAAGAUAGUGGAGCUCCAGGAAAUAUAG